UCUCUCCUCUGUCGCCCUCUCCCUUCCUUCUUCGUUGACUGGCCGUUUACCUGACGACUUACCGCCGUUCGCUCUCUUCGCCGUUGGUGCGCUAUAUCAUGCUGCUUCAGGUCUCGUUGUCGUUCCGUAGACAGUCUAAUUUGCAGCAUUUAUAUCUGCUUGAGUGAGUAUGCUUGGCUCAUGGGUAGAUUUUGUUUGAUCUUUUCUCGCACCUCAUAAGGUUCCAGAAGGGAAAACAUGGGACAACUGAACUUUGCUUCUUCUAGAUGUGCAUUUAGUUUUGUAAAAUGAAGACACAAACCUGUGAAACCAACAUUCAUAACUGAUGAUGUCCGGAGGAAACUGAGUUUCUGAGCUUAUUGGGAUACACCAACAUAUAAGGAGAAACCAUAUAUACACAAAAUUGGGCAAGGGUGAAGGGUCAUCAUCACAUAACUCAUAAUGGUUGUUCUAGCUGAACUUUCAGAAGCAUCUUCAUCUUCAUCAACUCAUGGUCAUAGAUACGACGUGUUUUUAAGUUUCAGAGGUCUCGACACUCGUAAUAGUUUCACUGCUUACCUUCAUAAGGCUCUUGUGGAUGCCAAUAUCAGUACCUUCUUGGAUGAUGAAGAGAUUGAAACAGGGGAAGAUCUGAAACCAGAAUUGGAGAGUGCUAUUAAAGCAUCUAGGGCUUCUGUUAUUGUUUUGUCCAAGAAUUAUGCUAGUUCGUCAUGGUGCCUUGAUGAAUUAGUUCUGAUCCUUAAGCAACGUGUGAAAUCCAACCAAAUUGUCAUCCCCGUAUUUUAUCACGUUGAGCCGACCCAUGUCAGGAACCAACAAAGUAGCUUUGGAGAUGCAAUGGCUAAGCAUAGACGGAUGAUGGAGGUGGAGACAAAUGAAAAUAAAAGAAGUCAAUGGGAUCAAAAGAUUGAUCGAUGGAAUAAAGCACUUAAGAAGUUGCUGAUUUGAAAGGGAAGGACGUAACCGGCAGGCUAGAGAUGGAAUUCAUUGAAGAAAUUGUCCAGGACAUCUACCAUAGAUUACAUUUGUCACUUCAUGGUUGAACGAUGCAUCAUUGCAUACGACAGACAUACUCACUAUCUUGGGUAUGGGCGGGAUCGGGAAGACAUCUUUAGCCAAAUAUGUCUAUGGAUUACAUUGUCGUGAAUUCGAAACAAGCAGCUUUAUUGGAAAUAUCAGUAGGAGAUGUGAUGAAAAAUUUAGUGGGUUGCUUGAGUUACAAAAACAACUCAUUGAUGAUAUUUCAAAGACACGGUCAAUCAAAGUUCAUGAGGUUUCUAUAUACACCUCAAAGAUAGAGAAUGUAGUAACUCGUAAAAAAGUGUUCCUGGUUCUUGAUGAUGUAGAUAGUCUCCAUCAGUUGGAUUCAUUACUUGGGAGCAAAGGUUUUCAUCCGGUAAGCAAAGUUAUAAUAACAACAAAAGACGCAUGGUUGACAGAGAGCUGUGCACAAUUUAAAACAAACGUUAAACCCAAUCAUGCAAAACACUUUCUUCAAGUCUUAGAUGAAACUGCAUCACGAGAACUAUUGUGUUUUCAUGCAUUCAUGUCCUACACACCCAAGGCAAAUUAUGAAGAGGUGACAGGAAACUUUGUGAAGUAUUGUGAAGGACAUCCAAUGGCUCUUGAAGUUUUGGGCAAGUCUUUACAUAAUCGAGAUGUAGCAUACUGGGAAGAUUGGAUAAAACAACUAACGAAAGAACCCGGUUCUCCUAUAGAUAAUGUUUUGAGAAUGAGCUGCAAUUCUUUGCCAUCAAAAAAUGAUAAGGAUUUGUUUAAGCAUAUUGCUUGCUUUUUUGUUGGAAAAGAUAGAGAUGUUACUGAAACCAUAUUGGAGGCAUGUAAUAUAAACAUAAGAUCUGGGAUCACAAAUCUUGUUGACAGAUGCCUUUUUAGUAUCGGAUCGAAUAACGAAUUGAUGAUGCAUCAAUUGCUUCAAAAUAUGGGAAGAUUCAUAGUACAUCAAGAAUCACCUCACAAGCCAUGGAAGCGAAGUCGAUUAUGGUGUCAUGAAGAGUCAUUUAAAGUGUUGAAACAAAAUAAGGGUACAGAAAAUGUUCUAGGCCUUGUCCUUGAUAUGCGAAUGCUUGAGAAAAAGAAUAAUCCACAACGACUUCAAAAGAGGCAAAAGCUGUUAACUGGAUUCUGCUUAGAAGACAAAAGGCGUGUGCGAACUGAUGUUUGGUUUUCUGGACCAAAGGAAUCUGAAAUCCAGGUGUAUUAUGAAUUUGGAAUAUUCAGCACUAUUUAUGGAGACAUUUACGACUUCAAAUUACGACAUAUGUUUUGUACAAUACGAUUUUUGACAUAUUUUUACGACAUGCUUUGUAUGUCAUGA